AUGGGCGUCCAGUACCUCCUCGUGCUGGAUUUUGAAGCGACGUGCAGGGAGACGCUGCCCCGAGAGGAAAUGGAGAUCAUCGAAUGGCCCGUCGUUGUCAUCGAUGUGGUCGCUGCAACCAUCGUUGCCGAGUUUCACUCGUAUAUCCGACCGACGUGCCACGGCGGUGUCUUGGCUCCAUUUUGCACCUCGCUCACGGGCAUCACCCAAGCGGUGGUCGAUGGCGCACCCACCUUUCUCAACGGAAUUGAUUUCUGCGCACCGUACCUCGAAGACGGACUGUUUGUCACGUGCGGUGACUGGGACCUCAACGCGAUGCUGCCGACGCAGUGUCGAUUCAGCGGCGCUACGAUCCCCGACGCUUAUCAGCGCUGGGUCAACAUCAAGUUUGCAUUCCGCGACUGGCGAGGCACGCGUGUGCGGGGCAUGACCGAGAUGCUCCAAAAACUGGGCUUGCCGCUUGUGGGCCGACACCACUCGGGCAUUGAUGACACGCGCAACAUUGCCGCAAUCGUCUUGCGCAUGCUGGAAGGCGGCCACGACUUUGUCCAUACCAGCGUCACUCGGCAGCCCCGACAGCGUCGUACGUAG